AUAAAUACUUCAUCACAAACCAGCUUAUGGUUCUAUCUUAGGAAGAACAGGGCAGACCCACGCAACUAGGUGAGCCCAAGAUCUUCAGUUGCAGGAUUCCGAAGAAGGCUUUUGUCCAUACACCAAGGGUAGAGAUGUACUCAAGAAGGAUACUGCUGCACACCCCAUUCUCUGGGCAACCCUCUGGCCCUAGUCAGCCGGUGUCUGGAGCCACCAUCGUUGAAGGUGGUUCUCCCGGGAGCAACUUUGAUGCAAACAUCGUCAUGAUCCUAGCUGUUCUUCUCUGUGCACUGAUCUGUGCGCUUGGGCUCAACUCAAUUGUCCGGUGCGCGCUAAGGUGUUCAAGCCGGAUGGUGGUGGAUCCUGAGCCGAGUCGGGUCACGCGGCUGGCUCAGAGCGGGCUGAGGAGGAAGGCCCUCCGAUCCAUGCCUAUCCUUCUCUACUCAACUGGGUUGAAGCUCAAUACUGUGAGUCCUAUGUGUGCAAUCUGCCUCUCCGACUUUGAGGACGGGGAGCAUGUCAGGGUCCUCCCAAAGUGCAACCAUGGGUUCCAUGUCAGAUGCAUUGACCGGUGGCUCUUGGCGCGGUCGACGUGCCCAACAUGCCGGCAGUCCCUGUUUGGGGCACCACAGAAGGCCUCUGGCUGCUCCGAGUCCGAGGGAAGCCAGGCCGAGCCAGCGCCAGCUCGCCCUGUGCUGGCGCCACUUAGACCUGAAGGGAAGAAAUAGGAGUGAAGAUUUCAGAUCUAAUCAUAUGGCAGUGCUGCACCAACAAUCAACCAUUAUGUUGGUUGGAAAUCAAGCAUUAGUUGCUAAGGUUCAAGUCAGUGGGACAAGCAUAUUCUCCUGCAAUUAUCGAGAGAUCAGGGCUUUGUUAUCUGAAUGCAUUGUGGUCAUCUAUGUCCCAGAAUUGACAGGUGGGUCCACGGCCGACUAUGCCCUGUGCACUUUGGCUAUUUUGUGCUGUCUGCUCCAAAAGCUUGAAAGGUAAGUGGCCAAUCCACACACAAUCUUUUCUGCAGCUUCCUGGAAAGCUAAUGCCUUUAAAGAAUCUGCUAGCUUAGCAACUGUGUGGUUCAUAUGAAUUUGAAAGAAAAAUAACAAGGAGAUCACUUAACUGUGCACACUGAAAACGAAAACUGCUUGGAUGCCCACUGAAUGGGAAGAUAAACUCUUUUUCUGAACUUGCAGUGGUUAUGAGAAUGUUGUAGCAGUGUUACAUAUAGCUUGAUAACAGUUUCACUAUACACAAGGGCCCACUCAGAAUAUAUGUUAUGUGAUAAUGUUGUCGCAAUGUUACAUACUCCUUCCGUCUUAUAAUAUAAGAGAUUUUGAAAGGAUAUGACACAUUCUACUACUACGAAUCUGAACAGGAUAUGUCAUAUCCUUCCAAAAUCCCUUAUAUUAUGGGAUGGAGAGAGUACUAAUUUGGUAACAGUUUCACUAUACUUAAGGGCCCACUAGAAGAUAUGCUAUGAUGAGAAUGUUGUAGCAGUGAGUAGAAUUUGAUAAUAGUUAUUUUAUUUGUUCUAAGGCCCCACCAAGAAGAUACGUUACGAGUAUUUGAAAAGGAUGUUAGCACUGCUGUUGCCCCUUACAAGAAAGGAGGGCCAAUGGUUGAUAGAGUUCAUCUGAAUGCCUUUUUUUUUUGGAACGAUAUCAUCCGAAUCCGAUUGCUUUUAA